AUGUCGGUUCGUUUAGUUCGUCCAAAAACGGCAACUUUGGACGAGUUGCUCUCACAUGAGUUCUAUAAGAGGCUGAUUUCCUCAAUAGAAAAUGCUUUGCCGGAAAUGAAAAAUGUUAAAGACCAUAAAAAGCUUAUAAACUCAAAUUUCAGUAAAGAAAUCGUGGAAAUUUAUAAAAUAAUGUUCUCCGGAUCUUUUAACAAGCUGGAUAUGGCCUCUUUGGAACACUCAGACUAUCUUUCCCACCUGCUGCCCUGUUUAUCAAUGGAUUCCUUCCCACUUAUCGCAAACCUGGAUAAAAAAUCGCAAGAAACUUUUAAAAAAAUUAGAUUCUGCACAGUUAUGACCUGUGUAUGGGCUUUCGUAGAACUACACUCAAGUGGAAGAUCAGAAUAUGUAGAUGUACUAUCGAACCUUUCAUCAAAACAUAAAGACUCCUUUGAGACGCUCUUUUUUAACUCUGCACAGCUACUGAUGCUAGAAUCAUGGAAUGAAGAGUUGUGUGAGUCAAGAGAAUUCGAGUCCGUUGACAGAAUGACAAUACUGGAGCAGAGAGCACUGUUACGUUUCUUUGUAAUAUGUUUUCAGAGAAUUGAACUCUCAGAAGUGCGCCGCUGUUGUAUGUCCCUGCUGUCACCGCAAGUUUGGAUCCACAUACCAGAAGAGUUGAGAGAAUAUAACUUUUUUAAGAAUAACAAAGUUUCAAAGGCGCUAUUUUUGAAGGCAUUUGAAAACUAUAAGUUAAGACAUAAAGCGUGUCAUUUUGAUGAUUUGUUGAAAGAACCAAAGGCAACAGUUAAAAAUUUAUAUGAAUUGGUUCCAAACAAAGACAAUAUAGAGUAUUUGAACCUGAGCUACAAGUUAGUUUUGGCAAGAGAUUUCAUGAAUUCACUGAUUAACCAGUUCAUAUAUAUACUGGAGGACUAUUUGUCAUUUUCAGAAGUCAAACCAGAGGAACAGUCGGAGGAAGACCCUGAAAUGAUGAGACUUAUGUACAUUGAAAACUACCUGGAAUUGUUCGUUGAUUUGCUUAGCCAGCUGCACUUGAGGAGAAUAAUAAAACCCAUAAUUGAGUACAAGUUAUUGUUGGUCAGGUGUAAAAACCACCCACUGUACGAGCCAGUUGACAAAAAAACAAAUCAACUUGCCAAUAGAGAUGACGCAAACAUAUUCAUCGAACUGGUUAACAUACUGGAAUAUUACCUGAAUUUUAAUAUAAACGAGGAGUUGGGAGUGAACAUGGAGUACAACGUUAUCCUUGAGGAUUACUACAAAAGGUUCAACAAGUUCCAGAGAGUCUGUUACCUAAACUACAAAGACGAUGAAAACCUAAAAAACAUACACCUGGUUAACAAUUACGCACUAAAUAAUAAUCUGUCAAAAAUACUAAACAGCCUGGAUUUGGGAGUAUUGGUGCAGCUAAACCAGGAGUUAUACCUAAUUCAGUCAACCAAGAAUAAACCUAAAGAUGGAAAGGAGUUAAACGGAAAUACAUUCGAUCAUUUCUUUCCAUACAGCGUAGAACUAUUACCGAAGAAAAAGAAGUCUAAGAAGUUGGUUAAGAAGUUGCUCAUCAGUAACCUGGCUAACUACUUAAAGAAGCCAAUCAACGAGUUGAUGCUGAUAAACAACAACAACUUCUACCUAAAUCCUUUCUCUUCACUGUUCAAUAACAUCACAACAGUGACGUCCAAUGACCUUUUACAGGCAAAGGAAGCCAAUAGAAGAGAAGUUACUGAAUUGGGUGAGAUGGAGGGCGAUAUUAGCUACAUCAAGCUUUGCACACUGUCUCUGUUCAAGUUAAACUUGCAGUACCUGACCAUGUUCGAUUACCUUUACAGGAAUUUCAUACUGUACCAAUUUGAAGUUAUAUAUCAAAUUAAACAAUACGUGCACCAACAAAUAUUCUAUUUGUCCUACCUGACAAGCCACUCAAAUCGUUCUAACAAGUUAAAUCACAAAGGCACGGAGGAAAAGAACAGACUGGUGGCUGUGGAAAAGCUGGAGAAGAGAGACUGGGUUGGAAGAAUGUUCAUUUGCAUAGAUAACCUAGAAAUGAAAAUUGACCAGAAUCGAAUUGAGAUGAUUCUGACAGUUGACCUGUCAAUGAUCCAAGAUUACAAAAUACGACAAGAAUGGCAACAACUUACAAAAUAUGAUAUAUUGUUCCUGGUUCAACUAAACUGUGUGUAUUCAUGUGGCCUGAGUGGGUCUGAUGGUAAAACGGCAGAGGAUAUGGAAGACGAAGUUGAACUUUUGGGCAAGAUUGUUAGGAGGAUAAGAUUCGGCGAAAUACUAGAGGUGUACGACGAGGAGAAUAACAACGUUUUGGACUUCAACCCGUUAGAUAAUAAGAGCUUUGUGGGCUUUAAGAUGAGGAUUAAACUAUUGUUGGAUUACCAGCAAUACAUGAAGGACAUACAAGAAGACCUGGACUAUUACAGUAGCUUUAACUUGAUAAUCAGGAGAAGCAAAAGGCAAAAUAAUUUUAAAUCCAUCUUGACAAACGUUCAAAAUGUAGUAAACAACAAGUUCAAGAUGCCAAACUGGUUACAAGUGAUUCUUUUGGGAUACUUUUCGUACCAUUCAGUUAGACCAAAUACCUCUAACACGAGUCAUUUUUCUAGCGCUAUCGCCUCAUUAAACCAAAGCAUUUCCACUGAACGAGACGAAAUUAUUAAAAAAAGAAAGAAGGAACAAUACACAAGAGUCAAAAUAGGACUAGACUAUCUAAACACGUUCAAAAGUAGGGAUCAUUUGUUGAGUACAACCUCGUUCAUUUCAAUUAAACUGGUGCCGUGUUUGAACUUCAAUAACACAAAAAAUAAAGAUAAUUUUAAGCUUGGGUUGGGAUCAAGCUCGAGUUUACAGGAAAUUAGAGAGAAUAGGAUCCACAUUGACUCAAUUGAUACUACAGUAAACGAGUAUGUAUACAACAAUAAAGGUUCCUUGAAUAAGGUUGAAUUGGCUGAAAAAUUAAGGUUGGCUUUGGAAAGUGACAGAAAUGUUAAUUUGUUUAUUCAAAAUCACAUUUAUGACCACGAUUUUGGAAAUAAGACCGAUGAAUUUGAGAAAGACCAUGACGAACGGUUGGAGUAUGUAGUAUUAAGUGGAGUCAAAUUUGAAUUACAUGUCGAGAACAACUAUCUAAAUGAUUUGACUAAAGUAAACAAGGAUUAUCACAUCAAUAGUCAGCUGCCGAAAUUUUUAAUAACGAAUUUUAAUCACCCAUACGAUAUUUCACCAUAUGAUCCAAGUUCAGCUGAUAUUCAGAAUAAAGAUGAUCCUCAGAAUAAUAAUUCAGUUAACCUUGUUGAUAAUAAUAAAAGUUCUAAGAAGGGAGUGAAAUUUGUGUCAAGACAAGUUGAGAGUAUAAUUGGGGGCACGAUGGAAGGGUUGACUGUGAUUAUGGGACCUCCAGGUACAGGUAAAACUGAUGUGGUAUCUCAAAUCAUCUCGAUUCUGUUUAACAAUUACGAAAACGAGAAGAUUGUUAUUUGCACACACAGUAAUUUCGCGCUCAACGAUAUCUUCACUAAGCUGGUGAAAAAUGAAUUAAUUGACGAACAUUACAUGGUGAGACUAGGCCACUCGGAUCUUGAAGUGGACAACAUGGGUCAUUUCUCAAAGUUCGGCAGAGUUAACUACAUUCUGCAAAGAAGACUUGACCUUCUUGAACUGAUUAAAACCCUAAAAGAGCAGAUCAAGGUGGUUGGAGACUACGAAUGUACAAUACAAUAUUCCCUAACAUUCCUGCAAUACUUUUUAAUUGAUGCACCACAGUCUAAUAAUUCUUGCUCAAAUAAUGCUCAAAUUGUAAAUGAAAAUUCAAAUGAAGGUGCUGAGGAUAUGAAUGAUGCUGAGGAGGCAGGAGUGUUGGAAGUAUUUGAUAGAAGCAAGCUCACUCAAGAAGGAUUGGAUAACUUUUUCAAAUUAGGGAUAGAAUUUCCAUAUACUCUUAAGGAUGUAAAGAAAUUGUAUAACCAGAUACAAAAGUAUCAGGCCUUUGAAUCUAGUUAUGGUGAUGAAGUUAAUCAAGAAUCUUCUAAGCAGGGAUUGAAUGAACAACUAUCACAAAUGAAGAAAAAAUUUAUCGAAAGGUUGUACGAAAUGCUCUUCGAGUUGCUACCCUUUGAAAUCUUGAGGAAUAACAGAGAUCGGAUGAAGUAUCUGGUGGAAAACUAUAGCAGGAUCGUAGCAAUGACCUGUACCCACGCCUCUAUAUCCCAGGAGGAAUUAUCGACACUGAACUACAAAACAUUGAUCUUUGAAGAGGCGGCACAGAUACUGGAAAUCGAAAGUUUCAUACCCAUUUGUAAUAAUAUCAAGCGCUUAAUUUUGUGUGGAGAUCACCUUCAACUCUCUCCAAUUAUUCAAAACUCGUCCCUGCUGAGGUAUUCUAACUUAAACCAGAGUCUCUUUCUGAGACUUAUCAGGCUUAACUAUCCCUACAUUCAAUUGAAUGUCCAGGCUAGGUCUAGGCCAGAGAUAUUGAAUAUAUACAGCCACUUCUACCCUCACCAAAUAUUCACUCUUGAUGGACUAUACCCUGAAACCUCUCCUGCUUCUUCCAACAAAGCACAAGAUAGACUACCCCAGGACAAAGAUGUGUUGAAUGUGAAACAGUUAUUAUGUAAAGGUAACCUUAGGGAAAUGAUAGCAAGUAAUCUCUGUAGCCUAAGUUUUCAAUAUGUAGUUCAAUUCAUCGAUGUUGAGGGAGAGGAGACUAGCCCUAUCAAGUAUUUCUAUCAGAACCUAGGGGAGGCGACCUACUGUGUGUCAUUAUACAUGCUUAUGAGGCUAAUGGGACUGGAAGAUAUAGUGAUCUUGACUGCUUACAACGGUCAAAAGUGCUUGAUUGAGGACAUCGUUAAGAAGAGGUGCAGCUGGAACAAUAAAAUCGGCUCGCCAAUGGUUUCAACAAUAGAUAAAUUCCAGGGCAGGCAGGCAGACUAUGUAAUAGUAUCGAUGGUGAGGACUAAGAACAUUGGUUAUUUGAGAGAUCCCAGAAGAUUUGUAGUUGCGACUAGUCGUUCGAGGUUGGGACUUUGGAUAGUAGGGAACAAAAAAUUGGUACAAAAUAUUAAAGAGCUCUCGAACUUCAACGAAGAGCUGAACCUAUAUCCAAACAACCUGUACCUGAAUUUUAAAAAUUUAAAUGACUUUGGUAAUGUGGAUUCCUCCAAUUUGGUAAAAAUAAAAGAUAACUCUGACCUGGAGGAGUUAGUAAAGUCACUGUUGUAA